AUGUUGACAAUGUUGACAUCUAAAUAAUUGUUUCUCGCAUGGUCCGGUAUCCGCGAUUACACAACGUAUUCGAGGCAUUUACGCGAGAUAGUGACCAAUAUUUUCAUACCGUAGUUCCAAUAAGGAAUACCACCUACCAUAAGUGUUCAUUCGUUAGCAAUUGCAUUCUUUUGUGUGAUAAAUUUCCCACAUCUGCAAUGGAUGUAGCACUAGACAAUCUAUCGUCCUCCCAGAAGGAUGAACUGAUGAGCCAAGUCAAACAGCAGAUCGCGAUUGCCAAUGCACAGGAACUAUUAUCCAAAAUGACAGAAAAAUGCUUCAAGAAAUGCAUUUCUAAGCCAGGACUUGAACUUGACAAUUCGGAACGGAAAUGCAUAGCAAUGUGUAUGGACCGAUACAUGGACUCCUGGAAUCUAGUGUCCCGGACGUACACACAUCGUAUACAGAAAGAGCAAUUCAAAGGGUGAACGAUAAACGCGGACGCAACGUUAAGCCCAAUCAAUGCAUUCUAAACAUGUAAAAGAACCUAAGCUAUAAUAAUAAAACAAAAUAGUGUUAAAAUAAUACACAG